CGGUCACGUGCCUCGAUUUUUGUCGAGGCGGUGUAUUUUAUGCGCGUGCGAAAGUCGAAGCGAUCAGUACAGUGCGUCGAUAUGAUCAAGUAGUUGUGAACAUUGUUGGCCUCGGCGCUACGUCUCGUAUCCACCACCACUCAAAGCACACAUUCACAUUCGAGAACUGCACUUCAAGUCGUCUCUCCGUCCUAAUUGUGGGCGCAAAUUAGCUCAGAUCAAGAUCUGCGCUCUAGCGCGUCAAGAUGGUCAAUCCCACUUCUGGGCCAUCUCUGGUUUCUGCGUUGCUCAAGUCGAGCCGCUUCGUGCAAAAGGUCCAAGGAGACUUGCUCGAAGCGCGACAGGUCCUCAAAGCGUUGCGAGAGGAGCAAGAGGCUUGGCAAGAAAGCUCGAGGCAGCUGAUAUCGGACGAGAAGGGCGAAAAUUCGGAGGACCCUACGCGCUGGGUGGACCUAGGCGCGGGCCUGAGCAUCGAGGUGCACAACGAUCUAGAGUCGCGCUUCUUGCCAGUGGUGCAAAGUGGCUUGCCACACGCUGACCUGCUCAUCGAAAUGGAUCAUGCGAAAGCCGUCGAAUUUUGCAACAAGAAAGCCGCGGCACUGGGCAAGCAGGCCGAACGAUCAGAAGCAAAGGUGGCCCAAAUCGAGGCGCACUUGUAUCUUGCCACUCAAUCUGCCGCUCAACUCGAAGCGAUCCGCAGUGGUCAAGAGAACAGCUUGCUGGAUGGUCUGCAAAUCCCGAAUGGGCCGAAUGACACGCCUUCGCUUUAGCAGCGCGAGCGACCUCGUCAACAUGUAUUCUACUGCGGUCUGUGUCAUCUCUACAAGAUUCGCGUCGUCUAUGGACAGCUCGACUGCUGACGAUGGGCGUUCGGAGCAUCGCGCUUGUUACCGGGUCAUUCUUCUUCAUUUGAGCUGCGCGCCUUUGAAGACUUGAUGAAUGCGUACAAAAGCGAACCGGGCUUGCACAGAGUAAUGUCGAAAGUUGGACGGCCGAGAUCGCCACCUUCAAAGUCGCUCCAAGAUGGACUGCCCUUUGGCGCCUCGCUCUCGACGCCCUCUUCUGUUUGA